AUGGCGGGCGGCGACGGCAAUAGUAGUGCAAAAGUGGAACGAUCAAUGGUUGACGUUAACAGUUGUACAAAGAAUGUGCAAUCAUCGUUUGACCGCAAAAGUAGUGCAAAGGAGGAAAAAUCAUUCGUUGGCGGCAUCAUUAGUACACAGGAGGAACAACCAUUUAUCGCAGGCAACUGUAGUACAAAGGAGGAACACUCACUGGCCGCCGGCAACAGUAGUAAAAAUGAGGAACACUCAUUGGUUGACGCCAAGUGUAGUACAACGACGGAACAACCACUGAUCGACGGCAACAUUAGUACAAAAGAGGAACAAUCAUUGUCUGAAGGCAACAGUAGUACAAAAGAGGAACAAUCAUUUGUCGGCGGCAAAGAUGCUACAAAAAAGGAACAAUCAUUGUUCGCCGGUAACGGUAGUACUAAGGAGGAGCAAUCGUUCCUUCACUGCAGCUGUAGUACAAAGGAAGAACAAUCAUUGGCCGUCGGCAACAGUAGUAUAAAGGAAAAACAAUCAUUGGUUAACAGCAACAGUAGUACAAAGGUUGAAAAGGAAUUGCCCGACGUUAACAGUAGUUCAAAGGAGGACAUAUCUUUGGUCGACGGCAACAGUAGUACAAAGGAGGAACAAUUAUUUGUCGAAAACUACGGUAGUAUAAAAAAGAAACAAUCAUUGGUCGACGGCAACAGUCAUACAAAGAAGGAACAAUCAUUGGCCAAGGCCAACAGUAAUGAAAAUGAGGAACUAUCAUUGGUCGGUGGCAACAGAAGUACAAAGGAGGAACAACCAUUCGUCGUAAGCAAUAGUAAUAAAAAGAAGGAAAAAUCAUUGGUCAACAACAACGUAAGUACAAAGAAGGAACAAUGUUUGAAGAACUGCAACAGUAGUACGAAGGUGGAAGAACCAUUAGUCGACGGCAAUGGUAGCACAAAGGAGGAAAAAUCAUUUGAGGACGGAAACAGUAGUACAGAGGAGGAGCAAUCAUUGGUCGACUGCAAAAGUAGUACAACGGUGGAACAACCAUUGGUCGACAGCAUCAGUAGCAGUAAGCAGGAACAACUACUGGUCUACGGCAACAGUAGCACAAAUCAGGAAGAAUCAUUGGUCGACUGCAACAGUAUUAAAAAUGAGGAACAAUCAUCGGUCGUCCGCAACAGUAGUACAAAGGAGGAACAAUCAUUUCUCGAGAGCAACAGUUGUUCAAAGGAGGAACAAUCAUUGUCAGAAGGUAACAGUUAUACAAAGGAGGAACAGUCAUUACUUAACGGCAACCCUACUACAAAGGAGGAACAAGCAUUUGUCGACGACUACGGUAGUACAAAAAGGGAACAAUCAUUAGUCGACGGCAACAGUAGUACAAACCAGGAACAAUCAUUGAUCGAAGGCAACAGUAGAACAAUCGCGGAACAAUCAUUGGUCGACGACAACAGGGUUACAAUGGAGGAAAUAUCACUGGUCGACGGCACCAGUAAUGCAAAUGAGGAACAAUCAUCGGUCAAGAGUAGGGUAAAUGAGGUACAAUCAAUAGUGGGCGGCGACAGCAAUAUUAGUGCAAAAGUGGAACGAUCAAUGGUUGACGUUAACAGUUGUACAAAGGAUGUACAAUCAUCGUUCGACCGCAGAAGUAGUGCAAAGGAGGAAAAAUCAUUCGUUGGCGACAUCAUCAGUACACAGGAGGAACAAUCAUUUAUCGCAGGCAACUGUAGUACAAAGGAGGAACACUCACUGGUCGCCAGCAACAGUAGUACAAAUGAGGAACACUCAUUGGUUGACGCCAAGUGUAGUACAAAGAAGGAACAAUUAUUUCUCGAAGGCAACUGUAGUACGAAGGAGGAACACUCAUUGGUCGCCGGCAACAGUAGUUCAAAAGAGGAACAAUCAUUGUUUGACGGCAAGUGUAGUACAACGAAGGAACAAUCAUUGGUCGACGGCAACAUUAGUACAAAAGAGGAACAAUCAUUUUUUGAAGGCAACAGUAGUUCAAAAAAGGAACAAUCAUUUGUCGACGGCAACAGUAGUGCAGAUGAGAAACAAUCAUUGGUCGACAGCGACGGCAUCAGUAGUGCAAAUGAGGAACAAUCAUUGGUCUAUUGCAACAGUUGUACAACUGAGGAACAAUCAUUUUUUGAAGGCAAAAGUAGUUCAAAAAAGGAACAAUCAUUUGUCAACGGCAACAGUAGUGCAGAUGAGAAACAAUCAUUGGUCGACAGCGACGGCAUCAGUAGUACAAAUGAGGAACAAUCAUUGGUCUAUUGCAACAGUUGUACAACUGAGGAACAAUCAUUGCUUGCAGGCAACAGUAGUACAAGGAUGGAACAAUCAUUGGUCCACGGCAACAAUAGUACAACUAACGAACAAUCAUUGUUUGCAGGCAACAGUACUACAGAUGAUGAACAAUCUGCGGAUGACGCAACAGUAGCACAAAUGAGGAACAGUCAUUGGUCGAUGUAUAAAGAACAAUAA